CCCAAUUCUGAAGCCCAGCUCAAGCGACCUCUCUCUUCUCCUGUCUUCUACUGCUCUUGAACUUGGAUACAACCGGCGCGGUGAGCUAUCUUCUCCUAAUUGCCUCGUUUGCGCCGACGGCCUGCAUAUGCCCCAAACGCGGAGCCGGGAGACCCAGGGAGCUGGAUAGCGCAUCGACGUGCGGAACACGGUCGAUUCCAAUCUUCUUUCAUAGAAGGAAGAGCGGCAGAGCCACGAGCUGGAUAACAGACUACUUCAUGGACAAUUGUGGGACGCCGAACGGUCUGCUCGCCUGCUGAGAGACCGCUUUGCGUUCCAUAGGGUUCCCCAGCCUAACUUUACCCGUUGUGAUAACAGUUCAUCUUUGAACCUGUAACGCCUAAGCAACCUGCCUAAAAUCACCUCACUGCCCCCAAUGGGAUACCUACCGGGAUGACUGACAAACACGAUGAACAUGCGCCCUUUACCCCUCCUUCACAACCAUCACCCGUCAUAAUGCCCGCACGAAACAGCUGGACUAUGGACGAAACUACACGAAAUAGGCUUCUCAAAAGAUACAAAACACAAGUGGCCUCGGGCGUGUCGACGAUCUGCGCUACUCUAGCUGUGACUCCCCUGGAGAACGUCAAAACUCGAAUGCAAACGCACAACUUUCAAAAUGUCUUCCAGUGUAUCCGAUAUCUCUGGCGAACCGAAGGGCCCCGUGGCUAUGUCGCUGGAGCUCUUCCCCCUCUGGCCAGCGUCACGGUGGUCCGCGUCGUGAACUUUUCCACCUACAAUGCCGCCAAACACCGCAUCUCCGACUUUAUCGAGCGAAUAACGGGUGAAUCUCCACUGGAGACGUACAACCAACGAGGCAGCGUGCCUACUUUUUCGACGACCUUUACCUUUAUCAGCGCGGGUCUCAUUGCCGGGCUUAUCACAUCUCCGCUUGCUUGUCCCUUCGAACUGGCCAAGAACGUGGUGCAAACGUCCGUCCUGGUGUCAAAUCGCGCUCAAGCCUCCCCUGACGCCGUCCGAGAUCCCUCCCUCCGCAGCAAGCCCCGCCUCGGAACAAUCGAAGCCAUCCGACAGAUCGUCCAGCGAUACGGCUUCCGAGGCCUAUACACCGGAUUCAAACUCCACGCCAUGCGCGACACACUCGGCUCCGGCCUCUACUUUGCGGUCUACGAGACCGUCAAGCAAGUUGCAGCUCGCGAACUGGGACCGGACAAGUCCCCCUUCGGCGCACCCAUGAUCGCCGGAGCGAUCUGCAGCACCGUGCCGUGGUUCUGCACGUACCCGCUGGAUACGCGCAAGACGCGCGCGCAGAGUGUGCUGCUCGGAAAAACGAAGGAAGUCGGCGAGGCGUCGGCGGCGGUCGCGCGGUCCAGCAUGUAUAAAGGACUGUCGAUUAUUUUGAUCCGCACGGGAGUCAACAAUAUGAUUUUGCUGAGCAUCUUUGAAUAUAUUAAGAUGCGAAUCAAUGAGCUGGAUUGAUGUAUUUAGGGAGUCUGUAGUAUCUAUCUGUCAAUAUAAAUGGCCACGAUUAUAUCUGAUCUC